GUUCGGCGGCGGACGGUGGGUGGGUGGAGGGGGGGCAGGACACCUCUUCCUCGUCCACUCUGACGGCUGGGAGUGAGACAGGACGGGGGGCAGUGCCAUGUAGCUGAGGCAGAAGAAUGAGUGGUCAGCACGCACGGACAGAUGGGACAGACGACCACGCCGGGCAGCAGGAAAACGAGCUGGAAGCCCUGGCGUCUAUCUUCGGGGAGGAUUUCCAGGAUCUCCGGAACAAGGACCCUUGGAAGGUCAAAAGGCCUCCGGAGGUGCACCUCUGCCUGAGGCCCAGUGGGCUGAACAGUCGGCAGGAGUGCUACGUGACCGUGGAUCUGCUGGUGAAAUGUACCCCAACAUACCCAGACGUGCCUCCGGAGCUGGAGCUGAAGAAUGCCAAAGGCCUGUCCAACGAAAACCUGCAGAACCUCCAGAGUGAGCUCAACAAACUGGCGGCCGUGCGGUGCGGGGAGGUGAUGAUUUACGAGCUGGCGGACCACAUCCAGGGGUUCCUGAGCGAGCACAACAAGCCUCCCUCGCGCUCGUUCCACGAAGAGAUGCUGAAGAACCAGCGGAGGCAGGAGGAAAAACGAGCCCUGGAGGAGCAGCGGAAGAUGGAGCAGGAGCGCAGAAAGGAGGAGGAGAUGGAAAAAGAGAUCAUAGCUGUAAUCCAAAGGAGGGAGGAGGAGAAAAGGGAAGAGAAGAGAAGAAAGGAAAUGGCCAAACAGGAACGACUUGAGAGCGUGGAGCAGUCUGUGACUGGGAGGAGUCCGCCCAGCCCGGCCGGAAUUCACCCUGAACUGGCUGAAGUCAAGAAAGCUGCCACCAAUCGCCGGCGCACGACCUCCAAUACACGCCACAGGCGGGACACGGCGAAUGAGGACAGCCAUCGGCCGCAGGAGCUGCUUCACUUCAACAGCAGCGUUUACGGGGAACUGCUAGUCCACCGGGGGAAGAGCUUAGGUGAAAGCCAGAGGCUCGGCCGUCACGUCUACUGUGGAUUCGAAGCCAAUUCGGGGGAGUUCUCUGUCAUCUAUGAGUGGUCGUUGACCUGGAACAAGAAGAUGGGAAAGUUCUUCACCAGCCAGGAGAAAGGAAAGAUCGAAAACUGCAAAAAGCAGAUCCACGCGGCCGAGAACGAGUUCAACUCCCUUUCGCGGCUGGACCACCCAAACCUGGUGCACUACCUGGCAUUGAGCUCCACCGAGAAGGAGGACUGCAUCCUGGUGAACCUUUUGGUGGAGCACGUUGCCGGGGUGAACCUGGGCCAGAGCCUGGCCGCCAACAGCCCAGUCUCCCUGGACAAACUCUGCCACUACACGGGCCAGCUGCUGGCCGCCCUCGACUACCUUCACUCCAACUCCGUGGUCCACAAGCAGCUCGGGCCCUCCAGCGUGGUGGUGGACUCGGAGGGCAACGUUCGGCUGAGCGACUACAGCUUAUCCAAACGGUUUGCUGAGAUCUGCAAAGAGGACAUUUUUGAGCAGGUCCACGUGCGCUUCUCCGAGGACACGCUGAUGCCGACAAAGACGGGCAAGAAGGGCGACGUGUGGAACCUGGGCCUGAUGCUGCUGGCGCUCAGUCAGGGAAAAGAAGUCAAGGAGUACCCAGUGACGGUGCCGACCAGCCUGCCUCCCGACUUCCAGGACUUCCUCCACAAGUGCUUGUGUCUGAAUGAUGCUGACCGCUGGACGACUCAGCAGCUGUUGGAGCACUCGUUCCUCAAGCCGCCUUCACCCAAAAACCUGCCGCAUUACCAGGAAACCAGCCCGGAAGAUCUAGCUGUGGACUUUGCGUCGUCAGUGAUUCCUUACAGCCACAUUCUCAGCGCUCCGCUCAGCUCGGGGAUGCAGAGGCAGUUUUCCCGCUACUUCGACGAGUUCGAAGAGCUGCAGCUUCUGGGAAAAGGAGCCUUCGGUGCCGUCAUCAAGGUGCAGAACAAGCUGGACGGAUGCUACUAUGCUGUGAAGCGGAUCCAGGUCAAUCCGGCCAGCCGGCAGUUCAGACGCAUCAAGGGGGAGGUGACGCUGCUCUCCCGCCUCAACCACGAGAACAUAGUCCGAUACUACAACGCCUGGAUCGAGCGGCACGAGCUGCCCUCCACGGGGGUGCUGAGCCACAGCGACAGCUCGGAGCCGGCCAGCACAGCUGACCGUCCGCCACCGUUGCCGCGGCCGGUCGGGGCCCUGCCGCCACGCCUCAACGAGCUCGGCCUGCCGGACGACGUGGAGGACGUGGCGCCGCCUCCGGCCCUGUCCAGCUCCGUGGAGUGGUCCACCUCCAUCGAGAGGUCGUCCAGCGCCAAGUGCAGCGGUCAGCCGUCCAGCGAUGAGGACGACGAUGAUGAUGAGGACGAGGACGAAGAUGUUUUCGGGGCCUCUUUUCUGCCAUCAGACAGCGACUCCAGGAGUGACAUCAUCUUUGAUAACGGUGACGACAGCAACGACGAGAUGUCACAGGUUGAGUCCAGCAAGAGGCCGGCCACCGACACCACGGAGAGCUCGGACUCUGACCGACAUCUGACCGUAGCACAUUACUUGUACAUACAAAUGGAAUACUGCGAAAAGAGCACUUUAAGAGACACCAUAGAUCAGAGCCUGUACCAGGACCAGCAUAGGUUAUGGAGGCUUUUCAGAGAGAUACUGGACGGGCUUGCCUACAUCCAUGAGCAGGGUAUGAUCCACAGGGACCUGAAGCCUGUCAACAUCUUCCUGGACUCACAGGAUCAUGUGAAAAUUGGAGACUUUGGCCUGGCAACAGACCAUCCUGCUAAUGUGGCUGCCGGUAAACUUGAGCUGGAAGAGAGCGGCUCCGUGGUGAUGCCCAAACCCGAGCCAACAGGAAACUUGACGGGCAUGGUUGGCACGGCUCUCUAUGUCAGUCCCGAAGUUCAGGGAAACACCAAAGCUACUUAUAACCAGAAAGUUGACUUGUUUAGCCUGGGCAUCAUCCUCUUUGAGAUGUCCUACCGGCCAAUGACCACCGGAGCCGAGCGCAUCUCUGUCCUCAGCCAGCUGCGAAUGGAGCCCCUUUCCUUCCCAGAGGACUUCGAUGCAGCUACACAAGCAAAACAGAAGCAGGUGAUAGAGUGGCUGCUGAAACACGACCCAGCCCUUCGGCCCACCGCUCAAGAGCUGCUGAAGAGCGAGCUAAUGCCCCCGCCACAGAUGGAGGAGUCUGAGCUCCACGAGGUGUUGCAGCACACCAUGGCCAAUGUCAACGGGAAGGCCUACCGCACCAUGGUGGGCCAGCUGUUUGCCCAGAGCACCUCGCACGUCAUGGAUUACACCUACGACAUAGACAUGCAUAAGGGAAGCUUCAGCUUCAGCAGUGCCAAAUUGCAGCAGCAUGUGUAUGAAACCAUCACCAGGAUCUUUAAGAAGCACGGGGCGGUGCGCCUGCAGACGCCUCUGCUUCUCCCUAGAAACAGAAAGCUGUAUGAUGGCAACGAGCCCGCCUGCUUCAUGGACCACAGCGGGAUGCUGGUUACGCUGCCCUAUGACCUUCGGAUGGCGUUCGCAAGACUUGUCGCUCGCAACAAUAUAACACACCUGAAGAGGUACAGCAUUGAGCGUGUCUUCCGACCCAGGAAGCUGGACCGUGCACAUCCCAGGGAGCUUCUGGAGUGUGCCUUUGACAUCAUCACCCCUGUCACCAACACUCUCCUCCCGGACGCAGAGACCAUUUACACCAUCUCUGAAAUCGUCCAGGAGUUCCCGGCCCUUCAGGAAAGGAACUAUAAUAUCUACCUGAACCACACCAGCCUGCUGAAGGCCAUCCUGCUCCACAGUGGCGUCCCGGAGGACAAACUGAGCCAGGCCUCCAACAUUCUGUGCGAUUCCAUGAGUGAAAAACUCACCAGACGUGAGGUGGAGGCAAAAUUCUGCAACUUCGCUCUCUCAACCAGCAGUUUGCAGACCCUGUACAAAUACAUAGAACAGAAGGGGAAUCUGCAGGAGCUGGCGCCGCUUCUGACAUCACUCACCAAGCAGAAGACUGCCGUCACCCAGCUGGCCAAGCAGGGUCUGAAGGAUCUGGAAGAGCUCACCGCGCUUCUGCGCAAACUUGGCAUUAAACUGAGGGUGGUGGUCAACUUGGGUUUGGUGUAUAAAGUGCAGCAUCAUUCUGGUGUGAUAUUCCAGUUUGUGGCCUUCAUCAGGAAACGCAAUCGGACUGUACCGGAUAUACUGGCUGCCGGAGGACGUUAUGAUCACAUGAUCCUGGAAUUUCGAGGGCCAGCUUCCACAGUGCCAGUCCCCAGUGCAGUGGGAGCCAGCAUUGCUCUGGAUAAAGUUUGUGCUGCCAUAGCCAGCAUGGAGGAGCCACCCACAGUGAGCUCCUGCGAUGUUCUGGUGGUCCCGGUGGGACACUCGUCCAUGUCCAGAGCCAUCAACGUCGUCCAGAAGCUGUGGAGCUUUGGCGUUUCUGCAGACAUCACCUAUGAUGUCUCACAGUCUCAGGAGACCCUGUUGGAGCAGUGCAGGCUGGCGGGCAUCACGUGCAUGGCCCUGGUCUCUGACAAAGAGGGAAACUACCUUAAGGUAAAAUCCUUUGAGAAGGAUCGGCAGUCGGAGAAACGAAUUCCAGAGUCGGACUUGGUGGACCAUGUCAUUCAGAAAUGUCGGACCAAAUACUUUGACGAGAGAAGCAGCAGAGAAAUCUCUGAAAGCAUGACCCUUCAGAACCCUAAAGGAUCCCAGCUCAACAACACAGGUUCUUCCGAGCAACAUGGGAGCAGCAGCACCACGAACAUGAAUGUGAACGUCAUCAGCCCGGAGAAGGUCUCGGCCAGCACCAGACGGCGCUACGAGACUCAGAUCCAAACAAGAUUACAGAAUCUUGGUAGCAAUUUGCAGAACAAGAGCAAUGACAUUGAGGUUCUUGCAGUGGACUUGCAGAAGGAAACUCUGAUCAACUUCCUGUCUCUGGAGUUUGAAAGCGAAGAGCAGUUCAACAGCAGCGUCAAGACUCUGCUGUCCCGCCUGCCUAAGCAGCGCUACUUGAAGUCCAUCUGCGAUGAGAUCCACCACUUUAAGAUCAUGAAAAGGGUGGCUGUGGUGGUCCUGUACAGCUAUAAAGACGACUACUACAAGAUCCUUCUGUGAGAACCAAGGAAAUAUGCUUUACCAAAGGUUCACUCGAGUCUGUGUUUUUAUCCCGGGACCUGCACAAUCUGCUCAGAGUUGACAUUUUUCUAUUUGGGAAAUGUCACCCCCCAAAGCAGCAAAUGGCUUUGUUUUACUGUGUUGAAUGGUUAUUCAGCUUAUUAGAGCCUUAUUACAACUCAGCACCUUUCCCAAAACUUUUUGGUCUUACCUGGAAGAGACAAGAGGUUUGCUGGAUUCCACUGCCUUAAUAGAACUCAAGACAUUGUUAGAGAAAGGGCUUUUUAAAGAAAAUGACGUCAUGUGAAGAAAAAUGUUAUAUUUAUAACUGGUAGCAGAGUGGAUGCUGGGAAUGCAGUCUAAUACGCUUUGGGUGUUUGUCUGUAUUAUGUGAUGAAUAAACAUUUCCACCUUAAGUAUGUUGAACAUUGCUAUUCUGGAUUUUUUUAGUAUUACCUCACGUUCAGCAGUGGUGCCUGAAAAACUCUGAAGAAUUUCUCUAUAUUUGCGAAAAGAUAACCUUGAACAUCAGAUUUUCAGCUAUAAGAAAAACAAUCAUAAACAUAGAAAACACAAUGAGAGUAGAAUGGGUUCAUGAAUUUCAUGAGGAAAAAUGGUCAAAUAUUUUUUACAUGUCAGUGAGUGACAUGUACAUUUUUAGGAGAAUCUGUUAACAUGAAAGUGAAGUAAGAUUCUGGUGUUUUCAAUUGAUGGCAUUACACUUGUGAAACUGAUGUAUUGUGAAGAACGGUGAUUAAAAUGCUCUUCAUGG